AUGUGGAAAUGUUUUCUUACAGACUCAAAUGGACCAGACUCAUGCUGCUUCAGUUACUAUGAGAUUCGAAUCCCUAUCAGACUCAUUACAGGGUAUAAAGUAACAGACCGUCAGUGUCCAAAACAUGGAGUCAUCUUUACCCUGAAGAACAGCAGUCGUGUGUGUGUAGAUCCUGAACUCGAGUGAGUGCAGAACCACAUGAAAAUAAUCGACCAGAUCCUAAACAGAUCUGAAUCGAGUGUUUAA